UCCAGAUUCCAGUUGAUCAUCUAGCUAGCAAUCCGUGUUCACAUCGACUGUCUUCGCUGAAGAUUAAACCUAGCAAUCAACUUGGUAUGCUUAUAUGUGUCAGAGUGAUAUGGCUCGAUGCAUAUACGUUGAAUUUGAAUGCGCGAACGUAGAACCGCUUCUCUUCUAUUAUACUCCUACUUCCAGUCUACGGGAUUUGGUGCGUUCCUUUUCACUUCACUUCAGUGUCAGCUUUGACUAUCUGGAAACAGGGUAUCGAAUCUACUGGGUUCGACACCCAGCGAGAAAAUCAUCAAAUCUGUUGUCAUUUUUAUUUUGGCAUUUCCUCUACCUCGAGAGAUAUGCUCCGCAGGGGGUGCGGCAACUUAUUCAGGAAGACCUCGUCUUCUUCAAGUUGUUUCAUACAUUACUACGGUCUCUGUCGGUACAAUGGUUAGUGCACAUCGCAUCAUGGAUUCGGUUCCCUCAGAGAUUAAUAACAUCAUCCUAUCAAAGGUGA